GUCCACUAGCCACUCAAUCACGCUUGUUUCCGGAAAGGGUUUGUUUCCCCUUCCAAGAGAUCCAAGAGGCAGAUCCAACUUCCCUCUUUAGGCAAUUUCAACAUGCGGGGAGAUAAUUGGGGCCUCUGGAGGCUUUUAGCCCAGAUCUUGUGCUAGUUUUUUAGUUUGAUGGAAAUUCCACCAAGCAUAUCGCACGGCGAACAAGUGGUUUCUGAUCGGAGGCACUUUAGAUAAACGGCCGUUUUGGAUAAAUAUCCUCAAGAUGCCAGCAAGACAAGUCUCUGAAAUGGGCACGAUUCGCCCACCUUGCCUGCUGUGCUUCCGCAGCCCUCCACGCCUGACCAAAUGGCUCCAACCCAGCUCCGCUUCCUGCUCCACGCACUCAUGGCGGCAGCAACGGUGGCAGCCGAAAGCACACGGUUUCUCGGCCGCGUGAACCCCGCCACGCGCGAGCUGACAUGGCCCGCCACGGGCAUCGCCGUCGCCUUUGACGGCACCACGGCCAGCAUCCCCAUCACGUCGCAGUGGGGCACCGUGGCGGUCGAGAUGGUGAUCGACGACGGCCCACCGAUCGCGAUCCCCAACGUCGACGGGUCGGCCAUCACCACGCCCGCCGGCCUGCCGAGGGGCCGCCACACCAUGACGGUGCGCAAAAAGUCCGAGGCGUACUUUGGCAGCCUGUUUGUGGGCCAGCCCACCACGGACGGCGAGCUGGUGGACCUCGGGCCCCGGCCGAAGCGCAGCAUCGAGAUCAUCGGCGACAGCAUCAGCGUGGGCUACGGGCUCGAGGGCGUCUUUCCGUGCGCAAACGCGGCGGACAACGAGGCGGCCACCAAGACGUACGGCGCGCUCACGGCCAACAACCUCUCGGCCGACUACUCCAUCGUCGCCUGGUCGGGCAAGGGCGUGACGCGCAACUACGUGGCGCCGGGCCCGGACCUGGACCCGCGCAUGCCGGAGCUGUGGACGCGGUGGGGCGCGGGCGACGAGACGGGCAGCUACGACUUUGCCGCCCCCGUCGACGCCGUCGUCAUCAACCUCGGCACCAACGACUUCUCCUUUGACCCGGCCGUCCGCCCGCAGCUGGACGUGGACGUCUUCUCCCGCGCGUUUGCCGCGUUCCUGGCACAGGUCCGCGGCGCGUACCCGUCGGCGGUGGUGUUCCUGACGGGGUCCCCGCUGCUCAACGACGCGACGGCCGAGCGGCAAAAGAGCAGGCACAGCGCCGUCAUGAGGGAGGCGGCGGAGCGCUCCGGGCCCGACGUGCACUUUGUCGAGUUCCCGACGCAGGACGCGUCGGGUAACAAUAUCGGCUGCGACUACCACCCGUCGGCCAGGACGAACCAGGAGUUGGCCGUCAUCCUGACGGCGGCGAUGCGGAGCGUCAUGGGGUGGGACGCGUGCAAGAGGUCGCGCUUCCGGGCAUGAUUGACUUGCCUUGAUGUCGGGGUUGUUUGGGCCGUGAGCCUACCGGGGGUCAGCUCUUGCCUUUUUUGUAUUUUAUUUCGGUCGACUUGGUUGUCGACGGGCUGCCGCCCCAUAGACAUGUAAUCAGACUGGCUGACGGUGUUCACGUCCGGUUAGCUGUUUCCAAAUAAAGAAGACAAGGCCUGGCCGUGGACCAAAAAAUACAACCAAUCUCACAAGCUUUGUUUGUUCAUGCUUGCAAAAUGGUG